GAAACUGCUUAUACUUUUAUUUUAUACUUUGCUGGCUGAGGGACUCUGGGAGUUGAAGUCCACAAGUCUUAAAGGGACCAAGGUUGAAGACCCCUGAACUAUUCCUGCCCGGCUUUACCGCCUCCGGGCCUAAUUCCCUUCACCCGCGCAUCCCCUCCCACUCCCCAACCGAAUAUUCCGCCACCACGUGACUCCGACCGACUUUUGAGCGUCUACACAGAACAGGGCAUGCGCAGAAGACCUUUGUCGGGCCCGGAUGUUGGACAGAGGACAGGAGAGGCGGUAGCUGCCUCAUGAGACGCUCUAGUCAAGAGCAAUAAAACGAGGGAUUGUAAUCUUGUGCCUCUCUAGGAAGCAGUCAUAUCUCACCGAGUCUGUGGGAGGCCUGGCGAGCGCGAGAAGUUUUGGCGGGAGAGACUCGCAGCUGUUCUUCUCCGCCUCAGAAGCCCUGAGGGAGCGGAGCUCCAUUUUCUCCCCUCAAACCGGGAAAGGAGCGGGGAGAGUGGGUGAGGAAAGGUCGGCCGUGAGCGAAGGCGGCAUCGGAGGGACUUUCAGCCGUUCGUGCUUCGUUGAAGCCGGAGACCGAAUGGAGGCCCGGUUGUCUCCCUUGAAAGCGGGGAGCGGCCUUCCCGAGGAGCCCCGCAGCUCCGAGGCUGAGCGCUGGCGGUUCCGCAGCUGCCGCUCCCUGGAAGCCGAGGGGCCCCGGGCGCUCUGCAGCCGCCUGCACGGGCUGUGCCGGGGGUGGCUGCGGCCCGAGCGGCGCAGCAAAGCCGAGAUGCUGGACCUGGUGGUGCUGGAGCAGCUGCUGGCCCUGCUGCCCCCGGAGCUGUCGGGCUGGCUGAGGGAAUGCGGGGCGGAGAGCUGCGCCCAGGCGGUGGCCCUGGCCGAAGGUUACCUCCUCGGCCCCGCACUUGCUCCGGAGGCCGGAAAGGGGCGGCAGUUGCAGGAGCCGUUAAUUGAGGAGAUCUCAGCAGAGCUCCAAGGAAGAGGAGAUCCAUCUAAUGAUUCUAAAGAGCUUCUUUUCAGGAGGAUGCAACUGGGGCCACCUUGCCAAGACUCUGAUCUCUUUGAGGAGGUGGCUGUGGACUUUACAGAGGAGGAGUGGGCACUGCUGGAUUCUAGCCAGAAGGCUUUGUGCAGAGAAGUCAUGCUGGAGGUUACUAUGAAUAUGCCUGCUUUGGGUGAUGGUGAUAGGCUGGAAAAUGAGAACGAGAAGUGGCAGCGGUUAUUUAAACUACCAAGGGCAGAGUCUUCAAAUAACCAAAGCGACUUCCGUACAAGGCAUAAUCUGACUCACCAUCAGAGGGGCCACUCAAGUGAAAACACAUAUAGUUGCGUGGAGUUUGGAAAGAGAUUCACUGAGAGUUAUGAUAUUACAUACGAUCAAAGGAUUGACACAGAAGACAAAUUGCAUAAAUGCCUGGAGUGUGGAAAGAGCUUUAUUGACGAAUGGCGCCUUACUUUCCAUCUAAGGAUGCACACGGCAGAAAGACCGUAUAAAUGCGUGGAGUGUGGAAAAAGCUUUUGUCAGAACUCAGAUCUUAUUCGCCAUAAGAGAAUCCACACUGGGGAGAGACCUUAUAAAUGUAUACAAUGUGGGAAAGCGUUUACUCGGAAAAGUGGUCUUAUUAGUCAUGAAAGAAUCCAUACAGGGGAGAAACCAUUUCAAUGUACAGAAUGUGGAAAGAGUUUCGCUCAGAAAAGACCCCUUAAAUUGCAUGAGAAAAUCCACAGGGCUGAGAUCGUACAAAUUCAAUUAUAAAUAAAUAAAUGCAUAGAGUGUGGAAAAAGUUUUAACUGCAGCAAAGAUCUUAUUUGUUAUGAAAGGACCCACACUGGGGAGUGACUAUACAAGUACAUGGAAUGCGGAAAGCAAUUUACUCGGAAAAAUGAUCUUACUAAUCAUGAAAGAGUUCAUACGGGGAGAGAGACCAUAUAAAUCCACAGAAUGUGGAGCAGGUUUUGCUCAAAGGGGGCUUUCCUGAGACAUGGUUUAGCAUUUGUUCACUGAAGGUGGUAAUCUUGGGUGAAAGGCCAAUUUUCUUACUUUAGCAAUGAGAACUCAGGAUAAAAGACAUCUUAGGUUAUGCUCAAAUUAGGAGGAAUGUUGCACACUAUUACAUUUAUUGUUUCCACUGCAUUUUGACCUUAGUCUAGAGGCUACCCGGAUCUUACGUCCACCUCUAGUUCAGCUCAUUCUUUCUGUAUAUUGUAGAUAACAUUAAAACUUGUAACUAAAAGUUAAACUUGACUUGGGAUUUGAGGUGAGCAAGAAUGAAGUAUUCAAAUUGCCUUUUAAUGGUAGUUGCAUUUUUCAAGGGGUGUGUUUUAGACUCCCAAAAAGCAUUUCAAUGUUCAUCCCAAAGUCUCUCCCUGAACUGCUAAGUUUGAUGGUUUCCCCACUGCAAGGGGCACAUAAAAGCCAUGCCACACUGAAGACUCUUGUCCUCCAGAUAUAAAAGGUCCCCAAAUCUAGAGGAAAAAUAUGUAGCAAAAGAUAAAGAAGGAAAGGCCACACCUGUCAAGUGAAGUGGAGGAGCUAAACAGCAGCUCCUGAAGAAAAAUAAUAAUAAUCAAAAGAAGCAAUGAAGCUCUGGGCAUCUGGUGGCUCAACAGACUAAUGAAGUCUGUUAUUAACACAGCUGCUUCUAAUUACUGCAAGUUCUAGUCCCACCAGGCCCAAGGUUGACUCAGCCUUCCAUCCUUUAUAACAGGGGUGUCCAAACUACGGCCCGCGGGCCAACUGCGGCCCGCGGGUCAGUUUUUAUUGGCCCGCAGCAAAUUCUGAAAAUAUAAUUGAAUAUGGCCGCCUUCACCAUUCAGCCCGGCUUCCCAGGUGGGGUGGCCUGGUGCAAUAGAAGGUUGCCCAACGUCUUGGGUAAAAUAUGUAAUAAAAAUCGUAGAUGGCUCCUGUUUCUGUACGUGACUCUUCCGUCCCGGCACGGGGCUGUUGCAAAGAGGGUUGGGGCAGUUCAGCCGCCGAGCAGCAGGGGGAGCUCGCGCAGCAACGGAAAGGUGGCGCCUGCGUAGCUGCGCCGCCAAAAUGGGCGACUCUGAGGAUGAAUUUCGGUGGCGGGAUCCGCUGGGGCAGCGGCGGGGGGAAGCGGCGCGCGGGAUAGGCACAGGCGCUGCUCCCGCCGCCGCCCCGUCCCCUGUCCCCCCGGAGUGCGGACUGAAGCGAGGCGGUGCCCCUCGGCUGCCCGAGAGGAAGAGGCGGCGGGAGGCGGACGGAGAGCCGCU